UGUGGUGGUAGCAUGUUGCCUCCUUGCUUUGCUUCUUCUUCGCUGCUAAACUUUCAUUUCUUUUUUAUUUAAUUUUUAAACUAAAUUUGUACAGAAACUCGAUUACUCACUCCACCCACAAGCUCUAAUCCCGAUAAGAUUUCUAACUUAUAACUCUCUGUAAUUAUCAUUUCUUUUUCUCUUAUCCUAUCUUGUAUCUUACCGUUUCUUUCGAUCUACUGUCGUCGCCGCCGGCUACUAUGGAUCCGUUUGAUUUGGUUCGUAAAGGUUUUGGGUAAAGUCUCCUGUAAUUUAAGGUGGUUUUGGGGCACUUUCUUUUUAUGUAUGUAGAUUCCUUUUUGUUGCUAUUUUAGUAAAGAAUGAGCUUAUCCAAGAAAGGGACUCAAAUUAGUGAUACGAAGUUAAACAGUCCAAACAAGGCAACUGUUUUAAAUCCGAAUGCUGCGGAGUUCAUUCCCUUUUCGCUCAGAUCACCAUCAUUUGGAAGUUCCAGUGCAGCAGAUGCAACUGCAAGGCUUACUACUUCCGGGUCUGUAGGAAAAGCUAUACUUGAUCGAUCAGAGUCAUCUAUUUCAAAUAAUUCUGAUGAAGAGGCUCACCAGUAUUGGCGUCGACAGCUCCCUGAUGAUAUUACCCCGGACUUUAAGGUCAUGAAUGAAGAUGACUCUCCAGGACUUGGGGGUCUUUCUUUGGCGGGCUUGUCUUUACAUGACAGCAUUGAUGGGACAAGGUUUCCUGCUUCUACGGGAAGUGGGUAUGUGCUGACUGAGCAACGGGAAUUAUCUCCACAUCUUAAUGGAAAUAGCUUUGCGGAAAAGAUGAGAUUUUCUGGUUUAAGCUAUGGGGAGGAUCCUACCACAGCCAACUUUUUGCAAUUGUCACCUAAGCCAUGGGACAAGCAAAUUUUUGGCGGUGAUCAGCUUAGGGAGGGGCAUCCUUACAAUGGGAAUCUUAGGCAUGGGUUCUUGAAUGACAUAUCAGAAGAGCAUGGAAUGAUAGAUGAUACUGAGAUGAAUCCGGUGGAGUUUUUGGCAUCACAAUUUCCUGGAUUUGCUGCUGAAAGCCUUGCUGAAGUUUAUUUUGCCAAUGGGUGUGACCUGAACCUGACAAUUGAGAUGCUCACGCAGCUUGAGCUUCAAGUCGAUAGUGGUUUCAAUCAGAACUUAAACUCGAAGACCUUGUCAGCUCCCAAUCUUAGUGCAAUGGACUUUCCUGCACUUACGGUGCCAGAGGGUCAGAGUGGUCCUCCAAAAUAUUCCGGAGAUGAUUUUCAGCAAAGUGGAAAUCCUUAUCGUUCUUCUGACAAGGAGAAUUUGCUUAUGUUUAAGACCAGCUCUUCUAUUCCAUCAAGAGGUGCAGGUGAUUUUGCUUCAGCCGUCAGAAAAUUGGCUUCUCAGGAUUCUGGUGUAUGGAAGUAUGAUAGAAAUGGUUCUGCUGAUACCACUAUCGGGUCAAGUAGAAGUUCUAAUGUUUUGGCUAGUGCUUACAAUGGAAGUCAUGGGAGAGGAGUUUAUGGUGAUAGGUUACAGAAUCGUGGUUCAGCUCGGACAGCUCCUGUUUGGCUUGAAACUGGAGAAGCCGUGGCAAAUAUGUAUUCUGAGCUGCGGGAAGAAGCUCGUGAUCAUGCACGCCUACGUAAUGCAUAUUUUGAUCAGGCACGUCAAGCCUAUCUUAUAGGAAAUAAGGCUUUAGCGAAGGAAUUGAGUGUGAAAGGGCAGCUGCAUAAUAUGCAAAUGAAGGCAGCUCAUGGAAGAGCUCAAGAGUCUAUUUACCGCCAGAGGAACCCAGUUGAGAUGCAGGGAAGAGGACAGGAUCGGAUGAUAGACCUGCAUGGGCUGCAUGUAAGUGAAGCCAUUCAUGUGCUGAAGCAUGAGCUGAGUGUUCUGAGAAGCACAGCCCGGGCAGCAGAGCAACGUCUACAGGUUUAUAUAUGUGUUGGAACAGGGCACCACACUAAGGGUUCUCGAACUCCAGUAAGACUUCCAAUUGCUGUACAGCGUUACUUGCUUGAAGAAGAGGGCCUUGACUACACUGAACCGCAGCCAGGGCUGCUUCGAGUUGUGAUAUAUUGAGCCAAGGACAUGACAGUGUGAGGUAUAGGAGUUUUUGACAGCCAUCAAAAUCCAUGAAGUCAUAGUCAUCAUAAUCAUUCUUGUAUCUUCUGUACAUGGGGAGAAGUGGAAGAAAGUAGUAAGAUGUCUGAAAAAAAAGGUAGAAAGAAAAGAAAAGGAAAAGAAUGAAGAAAAAAAGGUUGAAAAAUUAGUGAAAGAGAAAGGUGAAAAAAAAAAAUGAAGUGUAUCAUUAAGGUUUAGCCGGUUGACAGCAGAAUUACAUUUUGGUAGCAUCAGGCCCCUACGCGACCAUUUUUUUUUUUUUUUAAAUUUUGUUAAUCUUGUACCUUAAUUUUACUUUUUUAUUUUUUGUUAAAUUACUUAUUUUGUUCAGAUGUAACUGAUAGAAUUGAAUUACAUGAUAGCACAAUUCAUCAAGAAUCUCAUCUCUGCUCUCGCAA